AUGCCUGACAAACUUGAGAAAGCCAUUAUGGACGAGGCGAGACACGCCCAAACAGUUGCUCUGGAUGUCGCCAGGUCAGGUGCCUACCUGUACCCAUUCAAGGGAAUUUUCUAUUUCGCAAUGCAUAAAGACCUCUGGCAACCAUUCGUCUCCAAAGCUGGACAAACUCUAAGCCUUGGACUGGGAGUGACAACCUUCAUGUUCUUCUUCACCUACGUUCCGCAGCUCGCAAUCAUGUUUUUCACCAGCGGCCCCUUGGCCGCUAUUUCUGCAGCCUUGCUUGUUCUCACCGAAAGUUCCACUCUCACCAGAAUUCUCAUGCGCUCCUUCGUUGGAGAGGAAACCUUGAUGGAUACAUUUGAUGCUACACUGAUCGCACGAGGCCAGGAGCCCCUCGUUGCUCAAGGACGCGAGGUCAAACCCAAAUUCGGAGGCAUAAGUGCAGUGGCCAGGCUGGGAAAAGCGUUCUCAAAGCCCAUUUCCAGAAUCAUGCCUCGGUCGCUCCUGAAAUCUUUGAUUCUCUUGCCUUUGAAUCUGAUUCCAGUCGUAGGUACAGUUCUGUAUGUGUUUAUGCAGGGUAAGAGACUUGGACCAGGACUUCACGGAAGAUAUUUCCAACUCAAAGCCUGGGAUUCUCGCCGCCAAGAGGAAUGGGUGAAUAAAAAUCGGGCCGCGUACACUGGCAUGGGAAUUGCGGCUGCUGCUUUGGAGAUGGUUCCGUUUGCUUCGAUCCUUUUCUCAUUCACCAAUACGGUCGGCGCAGCUUUAUGGGCGUCAGAUCUGGAGAAGUCUGCUGCUUAG